AUGAGGAUUCCAAUUAUGGCUCUUAUUGCCUUAGAAUUUAGGUGGUUGUUGUGUAAGAAGAGGCUGCAGCAUCAUUAUUUGCCAAACAUGAAGAUUUCCACAAGUGUUCUGCUCAUGUUUUGUAUUGCUUUAGUCAUCAUCUUCAUGUCUGUAUAUCAACCGGAACACUUUUUCGGCAUGGAGUAUGAAGUUCGUGUGAUCAAUGGCUUCUCCAACAACUCAUCGCUGCCCUUAGUGAUCUGGUGCAUAUCAAAGCAGGAUGGAGAUAUGGGCGGGCGUGCCCUCCAGGAAGGUGACGAUUUCGGAUGGAGGCUCAAGACCAAUAUCUGGGGCAACUCUCAUUACUUGUGUACCAUGAAAUGGGAUGCCAAGAGGAGGAGCUUCGAUGCGUUUAAGGUUUCUAGAGACAGUCAGAGGUGUGCUCCUCUUAGGAAAUGCUCCUGGCUGGUGAAAGAGGAUGGAUUCUACUUCAGCAAUGAUGAAAUCAACUGGAAGAAAGACUUCUCCUGGUAUUGAUUUGCAUGGCAGCCUAUGCCUUUCUCUGCAGCUAAAGCUUAGCGGUAUUAAUGAUAAAAACAAAUGAGCAGAACAGUUUUGUCCGUUGAAAUCUGAACGGUAAACUUGGCCUUGAGACAAACAAAAAAGAAAAAAAAAAAGGAAAAUCAGAUCCAAUUUUCAGGUAUGCAUUUGCCUUAUGAAAUUAUACUAGUUUAC